AUGAAGAGUUUGGCGGAUGUUUACUACGAGAAGCUUGACCCGGUCUACGGGUUCGUCGACCGUGGAGGUAUCGAUAAGCUCAUCAGCAACAGAUGGACAUAUAGUCAGACAGUGCGUCCGGAAGAUGCGGUGCUAUGCGGCAUAGCAGCACUCGGCUAUCUGUUCUCCCAGGUGCAGGCAGGGUCACUGGAGCUGGACCUUGCAGAAUCAGCAAGAUCUGUCCUGGAAAGAUCAAUGUUUGAGCCCCCAACUGCUACCAGCAUUACGGCGUGGGUACUCCGCGUCGUAUACCUGAGGCUCACUGAGACUCCUCAUAUUGUAUGGAUGGCCAGUUGUAUGCUCAUGCACAUGAUUGAAGCGGCGGGCCUGCAAUAUGAAUGUGCUCAAGGGUCAAUUCUCCACCCGUGUCCCCAGACGGUGAACCCAGAAAUUCGGAAGCGGCUGGUUGCGGUUGCUCAACACCUCAACACUUGGGUGUCGUUCGAUAUGGGGCGUUCAAGGGUUACUCCUGGCAAUGUAACGGAUGGGACCUUGUCAGCACCUCUUGGCGACCGCACCGUGGAGAUAGCGGAACUCCUACCAUAUUCCAUCAUUCUGGAUCCCGAAAGGGCGUCCAACGUAUCAGAGUUGGAAUCUGCCCUAGCCUCAGUUUUGCAACGCGUGCACUCCAGCCCCCCUUCCAUCCUUGCGCAGGUGAACCUGAUGCUCUGCCUAUGCCGACGCCUACAGUCAAUGAACAUUGCUUUCCAAGGCUCAACCCUGGAUCAGGUGCUCUCACUAAGCUCCAGAGGAAUUCAAGCAGCCCAAGACUUGCUGGAGGAGCGAACGCCGUGGCACCACAUGGUGAAUGUGCCUUUCCAUGUCGUCUGUGUGUUGCUCGCUAUUGAUACACUCUCAUCAACACCUCAGCUCAGACAUGCAAUGCACUGCCUGAACAGUGUUGCUGCGGUAUACAAGACUGAAGCCACCCAAGAAGCUCUGAGAACCGCGUCUUUAUUGAUUUCGCUACAUCAGAAGUGGAAAGAGAAAUGCGCUGCAAAUCUCAGUGAUGUACUGAGAAUGUGCCCGAUCACAUCGAACAUUGAGACUCAGGACGGCUCGUCUCAGCUUCUGAACGAUGCGAAUUGGCUAGACGGCAUAUUAGGGGACUUAUCAACUAUUCAGCAGUUCGACCUCGACCGACUGCUAACACCCGCACCACCGUGGGAAACCGAUGUUAAUAGUGUGUAA